GUUGUUAAUCUAUAAUAGAAAGCUUGACUUAUCUAUUGUGUGAAUUGUGAAAGGUAGUGAAGAAAGAAAAUAAUGUUAACUGAAUUAAAAUAUCAAAGAAAGGAAAAGAUUUAUGACGAUUGAUUUUGUUGAUUAAUGAGAUCAAAGAUUAUCAUCACUGGUUGACUUAUAAAAACAUCAGGAAGUGUUCAAUUAAAAAAAAGAGUAACAUGGUUAGUUGUAGUGCGGUUGCAAAUUGAAAUCCCAAUAUUUAUGAGUUUUGAAAAGUGUCAACAAAUAUCAUGAGGAAUUCAAUUAUGUUGUUGAAAAUCAUUCUCGUAGUGAACAUUGCAUUUGUACAUGGAAGUGGAUUAAGGUGUGAUAGAACACCGGAGGCUUCUUCAGCUCAAAAAUCCCCACCCGAUGGUCGUUUUCGAUUAAUGAUUGCAAAUGAUCCCCAACGCUAUCUUCCUGGCGAAACCUACAACAUCACUCUCGAAGGCAUCUCACGUUUUUAUCAAUUAACACAACAAAAGUUCACGGGAUUUUUUGUGACAGUCGAACCUGAUUUUUCUGACAUCCGACAUGCCGACUUAGCAUUUAAUGAAAUAAAUGUUGGAAGAUUUCUUAUCACAGAUAACGCAGCAUCAAAAUUUUCUGAAAAGUGUCAGAACUUGGUAACACAUACAAGUUCAGUUCCGAAAAGUGAAGUUAUGAUAUCAUGGACAGCACCACCACUCGGAAGUGGUUGUCUAGUUUUUAAGUCAACUGUGAUAGAACAUCGUGAUGUUUGGUAUAGCGAUGAUGGAGCUUUGAGUAAAGUUUUAUGUGAAGACGACGCUGAUUCUGGUGACACGCAGCCAUUCGUUCUUGAAGAAUGCACAGCAUGUGACGAAGCAAAAUACGAGUUGACGUUUGAAGGUCUUUGGUCGCGUCACACUCAUCCAAAGGAUUUUCCUGAUAACGGUUGGUUGACAAAAUUCAGUGAUGUGAUUGGCGCAUCACAUACCAGAGAAUUCCGCUUUUGGACUUAUGGUGAAGCAGCCAGUGAAGGAUUAAAAGAACUCGCUGAACAUGGAUCAACGAGACAACUUGAAAGAGAAUUAAAGGAUGAGGGCGAACAUAUCAGAACAAUUAUUAAAGCUCGAGGCAUUUCAUAUCCGAACGUAACAGGAAAAACUUUUGCAGUGUUUGCUCAACUAAGUUUCGUAGUAAAUCACAGUGACGUUUCAAUGAUUUAUCCAUCGCCUGAUUGGUUUGUGGGUGUUAGUGGAUUAGAAUUAUGUUUGGGAAAUGGUUCGUGGGUGGAAGAAAAAAUUCUUAAUUUGUAUCCUUACGAUGCUGGUACUGACAGCGGUCCUACUUACAUUUCAUCAGAUCAACCGACAAUACCAAAGGAAGCGAUAAGAAGAAUAAAACCAAAUCAACCGAAUGAUCCACGUUCACCAUUUCAUGACCCUGAAAACAUGGAGAUGAAACCAUUAGCACGUUUAUAUAUUUCAAGGCAAAGGUUGUACGAAAAGAAUUGCGAGAAUCAGGAAAAUAAUCAAUAUUACGAGCAGGAAAGUGUAAAAGAUUGUGCAGUUACCAGGUGGUCUCAAUGGUCGGAUUGUGACUCACCUUGUGGCAAGGGACAACGGACAAGACAACGCAGCUUCAGAAAUCCCGGCUUGUCAUAUGACAGAAGCUGUAAAAAGAAGUUGAUUGAGUACGAAGAAUGCCAGGGAACGGAUGAUAAUUGUAACGAUGAUAGAAAUGAUUAUCAUGAUAGAAAUGAAAAUGAAGCUGAACAAGAUCCUGAAAAUCAAGACCCCGAAUGUACUUUGACUGCUUGGACGGAGUUCGGUGAAUGUUCAAAGCCCUGUGGAAGAGGUCAACGAACAAGAACUCGUGAAUAUGUCAACCGACAUAAUCAGAAAAGGUGUCAGAAACGUAAUCCCGUAGAAUUGGAGGAAACUGAAGAUUGUGACGGUUUACAUUGUUCUGGGGACAUCGAUGAAAAUCAACAACAAGUAAAAGAUAUUCAAAAGAAUCACAGGAAUUGCCCAGUUACCAGAUACAGUCCCUACAGCCAAUGUUCAGUCAGCUGUGGUUUAGGUCAAAGAGUUCGUGUGAGAAUUCCCAGCACACAUCAAAGACGAGAUGAAAAUCUCCAAAAAAUCAUUCACUUGUACAACAAAUUGACAUCAAGAAAUAAUCGAUACAACGAUGAUUACAACGACGAUGACGAAAAAAAUUUUAUGGAAACCGACGUGAGAGAGAUUUCUGUCCAAGAUCAUCCGUGUUAUGGCACUGAAUUGAUAGAUGUUUCGUUUUGUGGUGUGAGAGAUCAACAAUGUGAUGACGAUGAACAUGGAAUUCCAGUGCUUUGUCUCCUCAAACCUCCUCUCAAGAGAUGCAAUGAAACAAUUAAACAAAAUCGAUGGUACUACAGAAAAGCAAUUGAUGAUUGUGGAAUUUAUCUGUACACGGGAUGUGAUGAUAAUCUAAAUAGUUUUGAGAGUCAAGAGGAGUGUCUUAAAACGUGCAGAAAAGACGAUGACCUAGACAACAAUUUAAAAUCAUCUCAGACAGAGAACAGUAGAGAGCAAAUUUGGAACAGUAUACGAUCACAUUCUCUUUCCAACUAUGGUCGUGAGAUGGAUGAAAAAAUUGAUUGCAAAGUAUCCCAUUGGAAGCACGAGCCCUGCAAUGCUACAUGUGGUGAAGGAUAUCGAUGGAAAUUCAAAUCCAUUAUCCAACAUCCACAGAAUGGUGGUCUUCCAUGUCCGAGAACAUUAUUUCAUUUUGAACGAUGUUUUAAGGAUUGCGGCAGCACGAGAAUUAUUGCCAUGCCAACCAAGGGUAAUUCGGUUCAUUCCCAUCACCAUCAUCAAUGUCGAUACUCAAAUUGGAGUGCUUGGAGUCCAUGUAGUAAAACUUGUGGUGAAUCUGCUGUUCAAAUUCGUACACGAACAGUUCUUAAUCAUCAAACUACGCAUUCGUGUAAUGAGCGGCUUGAAGAGAGACGGUGUGAAGUCAUGCCAUGCCUUGUCGGAAGCGGUUACAACUACAAUUACAAUUACCGCUCAUAACUUCUCAAGUGAAGGUGAAAAUAAAGGAGAACAAAAAAAUUGUGUUGUUUUUGAACCUUUUCGGUUUUUCUUUUCUUCAUCUUUUUUUUUGCAACGAACAAAAAAGUGUUAAAGAUUAACGAGUUGGAAAAGUUUCCUAAUUUUCUUUCUUUUUCCUUUAAAUAAUGUAAUAGCAAAGAACAAGAAGAAGAAGGAAAAUAUAAACUUUUGGAUAUUAAAAUUUGAAAAAAAACUCUCAGAGAAAGAUUUGGAUUUAAAUUGUUGGUUGUGUUAUAAAUUUUCUUGUACAAAAAGAUUUGCUUUUUCUUAUUAUUCAAUUUUCUUUUCUUUUCAUAUAGAAGCAUAAAGUAUUUUGGGACGAGACUCGAUACAAUAAAUUGCAAACAAAGCAUGAAUGUGUUUUAUUAAAAAGAGAAAUGUUGGAGGUUUUGAAUUUAGAAAAUUUCAUCAAUUACUUUUCAGAGCAG